GUACUUCUGGUCCUGGUCUUUUUUGCCUGUCCAGACAUCGUCUCCCUAUUACCCUCUGUUCGAGAGGGAAAGCAGAAGGAAGUCUGCAGGUCGCAGCGGGGCACCUCGAGGCGAGGACGACUAGGAGCACACAGCCCGGAGAGGUCCAGGUCGGGGAGGGGAACUGUUUGAAGGAGAAAAUUCUCACCAUGGAAAAAUCAUGCAAAGAAAAUGAAGAACAGCCACAGAGCGCGCCAAAGACCGAGGCGGAACGGCCUCCCGUGGAGCACUCUCCCGAAAAGCAGUCUCCCGAGGAGGAGCAGUCUUCCGAGGAACAGUCCUCGGAGGAGGAGUUCUUUCCCGAGGAGCUCCUGCCUGAGCUCCUGCCGGAGAUGCUCCUGGCGGAGGAGCGCCCUCUUCAGGAGCGCCGUUCCGGGAAGGACCUGUUUGAGGAGCGCCCUCCCAUGGAGCAGCCUCCCUGUGGAGUCGGAAAGCAUAAGCUAGAAGAAGGCAGUUUUAAAGAAAGACUGGCUCGUUCUCGCCCACAAUUUAGAGGGGAUAUACAUGGCAGAAAUUUAAGCAAUGAGGAGAUGAUACAGGUAGCAGAUGAGAUGGAAGAGAUGAAAAGAGUAAGAAACAAACUGUUGAUAAUGCAUUGGAAGGCAAAACGGAGCCGUCCUUAUCCUAUUUAACGUGUUCAGCCUUUAAUUCUGUUUUACCUGAUAGUAGUAUUGCCACCUGAACUUUCUGUUUCUAUUUUCCUAUAUGCUUUCUCCCAUCUUAUUUAUUUUAACCUUUUGCGUGGUUUUAUUUUAUGUGUUUGGCUUGUAACAGGCAUAAAAUUGUUUUUUCCCCUUAAAAUCUGUAAAUCUCCCUCUUUCAAUUCAGGGCCCCAUUCAUUUGCAUGAAAAAUGUACAUUAUAUAUUAUGAAGUGAAAAAAGCAGUUUUAAAAUGGUAUAUAUAGUGUUCCGUUUUAGUAAAGAGAAAUGUAUAUCUAUAUAUUAAUAUGCAAAGAAAAAACUUAAAGUAUAUACUUCAAAGGCUUAACAGUGGCUAUCUGUGUGCUAGGAUAGUAGGUGUUUUAUUCUUUAUCUGAAUUUCUCAUUUUUUUCAAGACGAACACAUUUUACUUACGUCGCACAAAGUAUAUGUAAUGAAAGAAUGUGAAGCAAUUUUGAAAAAAACUGUCUACCAGCUUAUGAAGACAAUGUGGCACUUAAUAAAUACUUGUCAGAACUUAAAAAAGGGAAAA